AUGGUAAAAACUGAACAUCACUAUCCAUUACCAUGGGAAGCAUCUCAUCAACAACAAGUCGACUAUUAUUUGGAUGCACCCACUAAUACUUAUGCAAAUGUUAAUUCAAUCAUUCAUAAUAAACAUCAAAUAUCUUCAAUAGAUACAUCACAAAUUGGAUCAUCAUUAGCAUCGGGAAAAAGUUCAUCAUUACCACUAACUGAUUUUAAUUCAACAAGUUCAUCCAAUUCUAAAGAAAUAUAUCCAUGGAUGAAUGAAAAAAAACAUGGAAAUAAUAAAAAUACACAUAAUUCAAGAAAUCCUACUAUUAAUUCGAAUUCUGCAACUUCAUCGUCUUCUGAUAAAUGCAAUUCGACAUCAUCGAAACGAGCUCGAACAGCGUAUACAAGUGCUCAAUUGGUUGAACUUGAAAAAGAAUUUCUCUAUAGUAAAUAUUUGAAUCGUGCGCGACGCAUUGAACUGGCUGGAACGCUUUGUUUAACUGAACGACAGAUCAAGAUAUGGUUUCAAAAUCGUCGAAUGAAAGAUAAAAAAGAUGGCAAAAGUCGCACAUCAUACAUAAAUGGAUGCAAUGCUAAUCUAAAUACUUCACCAUUGGCUAGUUCAACCACUGAAAAAGAUGAUUUAUCUCUUCUUUCAUAUCACCAUCAUCAUAAUAAUUAUUAUCAACCACCACCACCACCCGCAUCUAUGCCGGUAGCAUUUCCUACAACGUCAUCAUUUCAAAAUCAACUUAAUAAUUAUUCAUCAUCUCCAACAUCAGACAUAUAUGACAUGGCAGCCAACUAUACUCUAAAACAAUCAAAUUAUUUUACUAAUGGAAAUAAUUUCAAAACAAAUUAUCAUAGUUCACGUCCACCGGUAUCAUAUGGUAAUUAUUAUUUUAAUGUAGAAAAUUCAACAAUUCAUCAUCAACAAACCGGUGCAAUAUUACCACCAUUUGCUUAG